UCAGUAUUACGUCACGACUGUUGAGGACGGUUUUUCGUCUCAGCCAAUCAACUGGAGCGACUACGGCAGCGCGUUUUGUUUAGAUCUCAAUGUAGCGAAUGCUAUUGGAAUGCUAGGCUAAAUCAACUGGAAACAAGGCGUUUUCUGCACAAAACUACAGUUUUGAACAUGCUGAUGAGCAGGUAUUCACUAGUAUAGAAAUAUCUCGUCAAUUAACCUACCGAAAAGCAGCGGAGAGCUAAAAUAUGGUGAUAGAGUUGUCGUUUGUUCCUUGACAACCUGUUGAAUACAAGAAAUGAAGCCAAAUCACUUGAGUGUAAGGGCUCUUCAUAACAAUCACCAAUGUUCAAAGACAACAGUGGGUUGGUAGAGGAUGUUGUUUCCUUGAGAAAUCAGCUGCGAUUAACCGAGAAAAACCUGCAGUCACUGGGGGAACAAUUGAGUCAAUCAGGAAAUGACAUCACUGGUGAGGAUAAUAACAGAAGUGCCGUGGACGGAUUCCCAGGUCGUCUUACUUUAGAGGACCUUCAGAGUCCUGAUCCUGGACAACCAAGAGGAGCAUAUUCACACCCUGAGCAGAGGCCGUGUGCAUGUGUAUCCAUUAGUGUCUGCAGGUCAGACAGAGACAUGGAGACCGAGAUGUCUGUACUCAGGAGGAAGCUUAACACCAUCAGGCAGGAAAACACUUCUUUGGCCAUGGAGAACAGGCAACUCAUCAGUGACAUAGAAGCUUCUCAGCUUGAGUUAGUCAGCUCAAAGUCCAAGAUCCGACUGUUGGGAUCCACUUUGGGAGCCAGGACCUCUAGUGGUUCUCACAUGAAGGAGCAGAUUCUGGGUCUUGAGGCAGAACUAGAAACCCAAACCAAAGCUUUAGAGGCUGCAGAGCAGAAGUUGGAAGAAAGUGAACAGACAGUGAUGCUGAGUAACCGGCUGGUGGAGAAGCUCAGAGAUGAGCUGAGAGUUGUUAAAGCUGAGUUAACUGAAAGAACACGUCUGGGAAAACGUGCUGAGCAGCAGAGAAACCAAGCACUUCAAAAUGCAGAGAAGCUCACAGUGACCUUUAAAGAAUACAAAGAGGACGUUUCUGAAAAACUCAGGAAGGUGUUGGAGAGUGAGGGCCAGCUGAAAGUCAGCCUGAUGGAGUGUGACAGGGAGAGAGAGGAGCUGGAGAGGAAGUGUGCUGAGCUGGAGAGAGAGAAGGAUGGUCUACGUCACAACAUCCGUGAGCUGAAGGAGGUUCACAGCCGCUCUGAGUCUCUCUCCGCUGAGCAUGUGCAGCUGCAGUCUCAGGUUCAGCAGCUCUCAGAUCAGCUGAAACAGCUGCAGAGGGAGCUAGCUGAGAAAGAGGCUCGGCUGCAGGAGAUGGCAGGGCUGAGGAAAGAGAACGAGGACCUGCGGCUGCUCACGGCAUGUCAGGAGCAGAGGGUGGCUCAUGCUCUCAGAGAGAAAGAACAGGACAGAGCCGAGCUGACCAGCCUAGAGAGCAUAUUGGACUUGCUACAUCUGAGAGAGAAUCGGGAGGGUGCACUGUGUGUGAACCCUUGUUUGCUGCCCGACUUGUCUUACACAAGCACCACUGAAUCUCUCAAACACAAACCUGCUGAACGUUAUCAGAAACUGUUGGCGGUGCUUCAGAUGGUUGAGAGGGAGAAGACCCGGCAUGCUAGUGCCGCACAGGGCCUACAAGAGAGACUGACUAGAGCCCAGGAGGAGAUCUCCUUGCUGCAGACCUCCAUCACAGAGAGAUCCUCUCACUACCGGCAGCUCCACAACCAGCUACUGGACAAGGCUACACAGGCCACCUCCUUAGAGAAAGAGCUAAAAAAGAAGAGUUUGCGUGUGACUGUCCUGGAGAAACAGCUGCAGGAAAAGAGUGCUGCUUAUUCACAGGCUGUAAUGAAGACCAGCCAGCUUGAACAAGACCUUCUGGAAAAGGCUAGCAGUAUUCAGCACUACCAGUCAGUCUUGAACAAGAAACAGAGGGAGUAUCAGCAGACUAUAGAGAAAGUCAAAACGACACAGUCACACAAAUGCAAAGAACUGGAGGAUAGAAUUGAGGUGCUACAGUUGUCUCUGGCUCAGAAACGGACUGAACUUGAGGAACUAGAACAAAAUGUGACUGAUCUUCACACAGAGAAGCAGCAGUCACAGCAGAGAGCUGCUCUUCUACAGGCCAUGGUAGAUAAGCUCACUGAGGAUUUUGAGGCAAAAUCUAAAUGCAGUGAAGAGGCACUUAGAAAUGUUGAAGAACAAGCUGCUGACUCUGCUUCAGUGGUUAGGAACCUGCAGACCGAACUGUCCUCCUGUAAAGAGGAGCUGAGUCAUUACCUCCAGCAGAUGGAGGAGGUAAAGAAACAUCAUGAUAGACAACUGGAGCUGAAGAACAGUGAGCAUGUUUAUCAGCUGUCACAGCUGCAGGAAGAGCUGAAGAGGAAAUGUGUGGCUUAUCAGAGCUCCAGUGAGGAGAACCUGCAGCUGCAGCACUCUAUCCAGAACCAGCACACCAUGUUGCAGGAGAGCACGUUACGCAUCGCACAGCUGGAGGAGAGCCAGAGUCAGCUGCAGAGCCAGGUGUCCCAGUUGGAACAAGAUUUGGAGAAGGAGCGCAUUGCCUUAUCUCAGGCUCUGAGGAAAAGGGAGAGAGAGGUAGAGGAGGCCACUCAGGAGGUGCAGAAGAAGGAGAGGCAGGCCAUAGAGCUCUCCGGCUCCAUAACGCAGCUGAGUUCAGAGAUGAGUAAGUGUCGAGUGGAGCUGUCAGACAUGGAGCUGGAGCUGUUGCGUUUGAGGAGAGACAGCAACACGAAAGCCUCUCAGCUUAAUCAGAUGGAGGAGACACUCAAGGAAACCAAAGGCCUGCUGGAUAAGAAGAGUGAAAUUGUUAUGGACCUUGAAGAGAAGCUCCACCGCAGUGAGAUGGACAGGAGGAACUCACUGCAGCGGGCCCAGUUGCUGGAGGGACAGUUGCAGGAGGUGCGUGGAGAGCUUGCAGAUACCCUGGACCACCUGCAGGAGCUCAGAGAUUUGCUGCAGCGGACACAGCUGACUUCAGACCAACAGCAAGCAACCAUUGAUAAAUUAGCUGCUGAGCUCAGAGAGAGUCAGAAGGAGCUGGAGGAGAGGAACCAUGAAGUGUUGGAUCUGGACAGUGCUCUGAAAGAAAGACAGGGGGAGCUACAACAGAGAGCGCAGCUGUUGGGACAGCUGGAUGUGGCCAUUAAAGAGCAUAAGCUGGAGAUGGAGAAGAAUGUGGAGUAUUUACAGGAAGCUCUGGAGAAGAGCCAAAAAGAGCUUAGAGAGAAGGACCAGCAGAUGCAGUUCUUGAUGGAGAGGAUGGAGAUGCUGAAGUCACAGAUUCAGGUUAAGGAGCACCUGGAGAGGGAUGCUCUUGAACAUGGCCAGCAGCUGCGUGUGUAUCGUGAGGAGCACCAGAAGAUGGUGCAGGAACUACAGGAAGCACAUACACGUUGUGAAUCUCUGAAUAGACAGAUAAAUGAAGUCACCCAGCAAGCACUUCAGAAGGCGAAAGAAUUUCAUCAGCUGCAAGAAGAGAUGUCUGUGAUGGAAAAGCGCUCUACACAGGUUGAGGUCAGACUCCAGGCCACCAUUACUACCCUGCAGCAGGAGCUUGAGCAACAGAGAGAGGAGCACCACAGAGAGCUUUCAGCUCUCCAGCAGACGCGUGGGCAGCUGCUGAAGGUGUCAGAUCAGAUCUCCAGCAGCUUGCGUAACUCUCAGGAGCAGCUGAGCCAGCGGCUGCAACAGGCCCGAGAUCAGCUUGAAGAGGCUAGAUCUACCUCUGCUCGCCUACACGCUGAGCUUCACAGCAAAGAACAGCUCCUACAGAAUGCUAAUGAGACCCUGCUUAUCAAGGAGUCAGAGAUCACCCGUCUUCAAGCCAAGCUCUCCAGCUUCGAAAGGGCCACAGAACUACACAACAUCACACUUCGUCACAGACCCAGCACUCCUCACCCCCUCUCUCCUCCUCUCAAAGACUCUAUUCUUCACAGCUCCCCGCCCCCCUCUCACAAAAACACUUCAGCACGUUCCAGCAUCUCCUCCUGGCAGAACACCUUUUCUGACACCUCUGUGGAGCUUUCAGACAGUUUGAAAGCCAGUGUACAGGCUGCAAUGCUGCUGCCCCCCUCACCAGACCAGACCUGGCAGGGUCUGAGCACCCAUGAGGCCACCUCCACUACAGACAUGUCCUUUAAUCCACUCACAUACAUGCUGGACCAAGAGCAACCAGAAGAACCAGAUCUAGACUCUCUGUCCGGUAUGCUGAGGUUUGUUAACCAGACUCUGGCCCUCCAAGAGCAACAAUCCCUCUGUGACACCAGCACCCACAAAACAGGAACAUAAUGAGGUGGCAGCUGUACUGUGUCUGUCCUUACAGGAGAACCCAUCAACUAAUGCUAUUCCUGAAGUCAGAGGUCCAAAACCUGCCGAUUCAUUCAUUUUGCCCUGAGCUACUAGAUGAUUUUUCUAUGAAGCUUAAAUGUUACAUUAAGUUCAGUUGUGACUCAGUUUGGUAGAGCUGCUUGAGCUUGUCCAGUAGCAUAAUCAAACAUGUCCCAACUGAAUUUGAAAUAUCCGUUUCAGUGUUGUUUUUAGUUUUAUAUUUUAGUUUUGCAUUUUAUGAUACUAAUUUAUAUGAUUUCUAAUGUGAAUGAUUGAUUGAUUCUUAAUAAAUCUUUAGAUAUUCAGAAA